AUGGAACUUAGCACUUUCUACAAUCAAACCCUAAACCUUUCCUGUUUCUCACCAAACUCUAAAUAUAUUGCAACAGUUUUACAAAGUAAACUCAUCAUUCGUGAAGUUCCAACUUUAAAAAUUUUGUCAACAAUAAGCAAACCAAACUUUAAAAUACAAGAAAUAUCUUGGUCACCAAAUUCAGAAUAUGUUAUGACAGCAUGUUAUAAAACCGGAAGUAUUUCAAUAUUUAGUGUAAAUUAUAAAGAUUGGAUUUUCCACAUUGAAGAUUGUAUAAUUGGUUUAGCUAAUGUAAAAUGGAGUUGGGAUGGAAAAUAUAUUUUAUGUUUUUCUGAUUUUGAGCUUUUUCCAGUUGAAACGUCAGAAUUAGAAAAUCUAGCAUGGUCACCAGAUGGAAAAUUUAUUGCUGCAUGGGACAAAAUUAUUAAUUACAAAGUUUUAAUUUAUACACCAAAUGGAAAAUUACAUCAAUCAUUUUCUGCAUAUGAUAUAGGCUUAGGAGUAAAAACAGUUACAUGGUCACCUACAUGCCAAUUUCUAGCAAUUGGAAGUUAUGAUGAAAAAAUUCGACUUUUAAGUUAUUAUACUUGGAAAGAAGCUAAAGAAUUAUACCAUAAUGAUCCAGACGAUAUUCAAGAACUAGUAAUAUGGAGAGAAACUUGUGAACUUGAUGUAAAACUUGGUAAAACAGUUGUUAAAUAUGAAACCAUUGAAGAAUCAAUAGAGUUGGAGCAAGUAUUAUCGGAUCCUAAACAACCGAAUCCAAAAUUAGGAAUUGGAUUAUGUAAAUUUAAUAGUGAAGGAAAUUUACUAGCAUCACAAAAUGAUAAUAUGCCAAAGUGUUUAUGGGUAUGGGACCUUUCAUUGAUGAAGCCAAUAGCUUUCAUUAUACAAGACUCUUCAAUUAGACAAUUCUUUUGGCAUCCUUCUGAACCAAACAAACUUGUAAUUUGUUGUGGUAAUAAUAAUGUAUAUUUUUGGUCUGGAAAUUCUACUGAUAUCAUUGGGAUGCCUUCUGUUUCAUUGGUUGAAUUACUAUCAUCUAUCAUUUUUUUUGCAACCGAAGGAUUAAUUUUGAUAGGAAAUGUUGUCGAGGCUUUGUUACCUGACGUGGUAUUGGAGUUGGUUUGA